ACCAGUAUACGGCCAGGCGGCGCGCGUCAAGCCCCCAUCGGCUGCUGGGCAGACUUCCGCUUCUUUCCGCCAAUGCCAGCUGAAUCGCUGCUGGGCCGCGCACAGCGAGAGGCGCAGAAAGGCGCAGGAAAUCACGCCCAGAGCGCCUGGCAGUGUUGUGCAACCCCGCUCGUCGCGUUACACAAGUAAAGGGGAAGACCUGCGUGCGCAGAGGCGCUGCGAUGUGCUGGGAAAGGCCUCUCUGGCCAGAAAGGUCGAGGAACCGGUGACUCAACCCGCACGUGCCCCUGCAGAAGUCACCGCUCUGGGGGUUUCAUCGGGCCCGCACCCAGAUCCUAAAUUCUUGGAUAAUAGUUCUGAUACAAACGGGAAGGACACGGGGCUGGUGCUUAGGAUGACGCGCAUUUCAGUCCACUGGUUCCGCAAGGCACUUCGCCUCCAUGAUAACCCUGCCCUGUUGGCAGCGAUGAAGGACUGUGCGGAGGUCUAUCCAAUCUUUAUCCUUGAUCCUUGGUUCCCAAAGAAUAUGAGGGUCAGUGUCAACCGCUGGAGGUUUCUGGUUGAGUCUCUAAGUGAUCUGGAUGAGAGCUUGAAGAAACUAAGCUUAAGACUGUUCAUAGUUCGUGGCUGCCCUGCAGAGGUGUUCCCCAGACUCUUUAAGGAAUGGAAGGUCACACACCUUACGUUUGAAGUAGACACAGAACCCUAUGCGAGGCAGCGAGAUGCUGAAGUGGUGAGGCUGGCAGCUGAGCAUGGUGUCCAAGUUAUUCAGAAGGUGUCUCACACUUUGUAUGACACUGAAAGAAUAAUUAUUGAAAGCAACGGUAGACCACCUCUGACUUACACACAAUUUCAGAGAGUUUUGAGUACUUUGGGGCCUCCCAAAAAACCAGUUCCCGCUCCCACUUUGGAAAACUUCAAGGACUGCAACACACCUGUCAAAGAUGACCAUGAUAUGGAAUACGGCAUCCCUUCCUUUGAGGAAUUGGGGCAGGACCUAGAGAAGGCUGGACCACAUCUUUACCGAGGAGGCGAAUCAGAAGCACUUGCUAGACUUGACUUGCACAUGAAAAGAACGUUGUGGGUAUGUAACUUCGAGAAGCCUGCCACAUCGCCCAAUUCUUUAACUCCCAGUACAACUGUGCUCAGCCCUUACGUCAAGUUUGGGUGCCUGUCUGUACGGACAUUUUGGUGGAAGCUCACGGAAAUCUACCAGGGGAGGAAACACUCGAACCCACCGGUCUCUUUGCAUGGGCAACUUCUGUGGCGGGAAUUUUUCUAUACAGCAGGAGCUGGGAUCCCCAACUUCAGCAAGAUGGAAGGCAACCCUAUUUGUGUGCAAGUGGACUGGGAUGAGAACAAGGAGUAUCUUAAAGCAUGGAGUGAGGGCCAGACAGGUUAUCCCUUUAUAGACGCCAUCAUGAUGCAGCUACGGACAGAGGGCUGGAUUCAUCAUUUAGCACGGCAUGCUGUGGCUUGUUUCCUGACACGAGGAGAUCUCUGGAUAUCUUGGGAGGAAGGGCAAAAGGUCUUUGAAGAGUUUCUGCUAGAUGCUGAUUGGUCCUUAAAUGCUGGAAACUGGCAGUGGCUUUCUGCAAGUGCCUUUUUCCACCAGUUCUUUCGUGUCUACUCACCAGUUGCCUUUGGCAAGAAAACUGACAAAAAUGGAGACUAUAUAAAAAAGUACCUUCCCUUCCUCCAAAAGUUUCCAAGUGACUACAUUUACGAGCCUUGGAAAGCACCACGGAGUAUACAGGAACGUGCAGGCUGCAUCAUUGGUAAAGACUACCCGAAGCCCAUUGUUGUUCAUGAAGUGGUACGCAAGAGAAAUCUUGAACGGAUGAAAGCAGCAUAUGCGCGACGGUCGCAAAAUGUAGAUGCCCAACCACAGGAUGAAACGAGUAAGGAAGUAGUCAACCAAAAGCGACAGAUGGCUUCCUCAAAAGCUAAAGAGUGGACAAAGAAAGCGAAGAAGAAAAGAAGCUGAAAGUGGGACAUGACGUGGUCCAGACAGACACCCCUUUUGUUCUGAAGGAGGCACUUGGUGUGUGCUGGACUGCCAAGAGCUUGUCAGGAUCAGGGCAACGCAAGUGCUCCUCCUGCUGGCCAAGCAUCAGGAGAACAGGGUGGGUAGUUGCAGGCUUAAGGCUCUACUGCAGCUGCCAAGGUCUUCAUGCGCACCACACCUAGGAGUCCUGGGGAAAAGGCUAUUUAAGAACUGGCCCUUCCCUCUGAAAUCUGCUGCUUGCACAGCAUCAGUCUCCAGUGUCGGAAGCCCUUCUUCCUCUUGGAACAUGCCCGCUCCUGUUCCUGGACCCUGCCCACGGUACCCACUCCUUUGUGCAGUUUUCCUCCUGACCUCUGGCUCAUUGUGACCAUGCUCCUCUUCCUUGGUCUACACUUUGUUUGCUCCCCUGUUCGCUCCCAGUUCUGAGCUUGACUUGUUCUGGAGUAUGGCUUGGAUUUGGUUUGGAUGGGUGAUUGGACUAGCUUCGUGCUGCCCAUGCCCUUGACCUUACAGAGCCUCAUCUCUGUGGACAGAAAUACAUUUCUUUUUCUUCGAGUCUCACCACUCAAACUCAACUUCUUCCCAAAGAGCAUUAUAGAGGCUGGUACUUACUUGGAUCAGAUAAAACAUUCUUCCCAGAAACCUCAAUUCUCAGAUGGCCCAGCCAUCCAGAAUUUCAAGCUUUUAUGCCUUCUUGUUCCACUAAUCGCUUGCUGAAAAAUUCUGACAUUCCAUAUUUGGUUACUGAGAUCAAAAAUAAACCAGCAAAUUCCUGUAGAAACAGGCUAUAUGGCUGUCAGGCCUAAUCCCUAUAUAUCUGAGGAAGUAACAAGAACUCUUGAGCAAGGUUUCCUAGGAUAGAUACCAGGAAUAUUCUAGCAGUGAAGUUUGUAGCAAAAGCCACAGAGCUCAUUUGCUUGUGGGACAGUAUGCGGAACACAGUGGCUUAAAGCUCAGCUGGAAGAAUUCAUAGCGCAGCACUAUUUCAAAACACAGAGACAGAGUCUCAUUCCCAACCUAAAUAGAUCCCCUGUACCUGUUUCUUCCUGUCUGUAAGCGACUGGAACUUUCAAACAGUGAGCUAAGCCACACAAUCCAGAUUCACUGAAAUGUUGGUUUUUCACAGGCAAUACGUUUUACUAUGUAUCUGAACAAGCACAUUUAAAUAGGCUGUCCAACACCUGCCUCUUAAAUUAUUAAAAUGCCAGGAUUUGGUUAUGUUUUUCCUGCUUUAGGAAAGACCCAUGCAUUGGAAGACACAGAGUGGAUCAGAAAACCAAGAGAGGGAAUCUUGUAUUCUGUCCCAAUCUGUAUAACCAGCAGGGAAGAGAAACUGGGUCUUAUUACCUGAGAAUUUGUUCAAGAUACAUUUUCCUACUGCAAAUAUCCUACUGCAGAAUAUUUCUGAAAAAUCCACAUGUCCCUUAUUUCCCCAACAGUGCUUUUCUUAACAUUUAAGCCAUACAAACACCCCUCUAAUUUUUGUGAUCAAGUCUUUCUUCCCAACCAAUUUGCAAUUUUCACUCAGGAUGAAGGUAAAUAAUCGUUUUUUUUUUUUUUUAAAUGGUUGAAGUUGUUUGAAGAAGGGCUUGUUUCCUACAGUAUAUACAUAUACUUCACGUCCAUUUGUUCCGCUGUUAGAAAUACUGCUCAAAAUAGUAGGAGAAACAUGCAGAGUCCCAUUCAAAGUGUCUUCAACUCUUGAAAGAACUAUGGCCUGUGUGUACCACUUGCUGAGGAGCUUGGGCAGGUAAAACUGAUACUCCUCCUGCAUGA